AUUCUCUUUUGUUUGUUAUUGAGAGGAACAAUCAGUUUCAACCUCCAAAAACCUGUUCCUUAAUUUGCUUUUUCUUGCUUCUUAACAGCCAAAAUCCCAUCUUCCCAGGAGAAAGCCUUUCUUCUCACAACCCCUUCUUAAUCCUCUCAACCUACCUCCUCACACACCCAACAAAAAAUUCCUACAAUUUCAUCUCUUUUUCUCUCUCUCUUAUUCUCUCAGGCACCAACAUAUCUCCAUCAUUUAUGCUCCCAAACAUGUCACAGACACAACCUUCUCCCUCCUUAUACUUGAACAACAAUCUCUUGUUCCACUAAUAGGAAGAGAAAAAGCAUGUGCAGCUGCAUCUUUGGGCCAAUAAUCAUGGACAAUUACCAAGGUGAUUUAACUGACAUAGUCCGAGCCAGUGGUGGAGCAUAUGGUGGUGGUGGUGGUGGCAGCAGCAGCUGCAGCACAGGCACUUCAUCUGCUGAAUUACCUACCACAUCUCAUCACCAUACUAUUACUCACACCCUCUCUCGUAAUGAUCACUGGCACCAACACUUCUCUUCUUCUUCUUCUUCUUCUGAUCCCAUCACCUUCUCUUCUGUGCUUCAAGACCCCAGAGGACUCACCAACUUUGGUGAUCCCUUCUCCACCAUGAGAGAUCCCUUCCUUCAGGAGCUUGACAUGCCUUCCGCUUCUUCCUACUUCACUGGGGGCUUGGAAGAAGCAGCUGCGAGUUUUGGUGCUUCUGCUGUUAGUACUAGUACUAAUACUAAUACUAGCACCACUGUUUUUGCUGCACACAAGAUUCUCGAGGAGCAUGACAUGAGAAGACCUUGUAAAAACAUAUUCUCCAACAUGAUUCAGAUCUCUCCCAAUGCAAAGUUACCGGUCUCACCCUAUGAUUCCACCACAGCGGUGGCACCUUCUCCAAGGGCAAUUAAACCUCCUGCUGUUGUUUCACCCAACAUGGUUACUGCGAACUCCUCCAAGGAUUGCCUUGUGGACACCACAGGAGUGCAGAUCUCGUCUCCACGGAAUCCGGGUCUUAAACGAAGGAAGAACCAGGCCAAAAAGGUUGUUUGUAUUCCUGCACCAGCAGCUGCAAACAGCAGACAAACUGGAGAGGUUGUUCCGUCAGAUUUGUGGGCUUGGAGAAAAUAUGGUCAGAAACCCAUUAAAGGUUCACCUUAUCCCAGGGGUUACUACAGAUGCAGCAGCUCAAAGGGUUGCUCUGCGAGGAAGCAAGUUGAGCGGAGCAGAACAGACCCAAACAUGUUGGUUAUUACAUACACAUCAGAGCACAACCAUCCAUGGCCAACUCAAAGAAAUGCUCUGGCUGGUUCGACCAGGUCACAGCCAUCCAAGAACAAUGCUGGAAAUUCAAAGAGCUCAGAAGGGUCAAACCCCCAAAAGAGUACAAUAUCAAAAGCAAAGGAUGAGCAGCAGCAGCAGGAGAGCAACAACAGUGAGGGCAAUAUGUCUCCAGUUGUUGCUGGGAACUCAUCAGCGAACAGUGCAUCUGUGAAGGAAGAGAAUAUGGAGGACAUAGAGAAGCAGUUUGAGAUGGAUGAGGGAGAGUUCAGUGAUGGACUCCCUUACAAGCCUUGUUUGAUGGAUCAGAGUAAUAAUCAAUCUGAGGACUUCUUUGCUGAGUUGGGAGAAAUAGAAGCUGACCCGCUGGAUAUUCUGUUUACCCAAGGUUUUGGUGCGGCUGAUGAUCAAAGGGAAGAAUCCAAAGCCUUGGAUCCAUUCCAUCUGUUUGACUGGUCAGGAGACAACAAUACCAGCACAAACACCGGUUCAUUUGAAGAGCCUAAUGCAAAGAGAAGGUUAUAACAAGACCUAGAAAAAGGCAUGCAGCACCUCCCUCAAAAAACACCUUAAUAUCAUCCUUUUAAGUUUCAUUUGGUGGUGCAAAUAUCAUUGAAGGUCAUGUUAUGCUCUUUCGUGUUUGGUUUGAAAAAUGUGUGAUGUGGGGGAGGGUGUGAGAGAUCUCCACUUUUUCUGCUUACUACCUUUUCUUUUUCUUGUUAUUUACCAGAACAGUCAGGGAGAUAAAUUAGUAGAGUGAAAAAAAAGAGAGUGCUGGUUGAUUGGAAGCAAACUCAAGGAGUCCCACAUUCCUUUUGGAAUAUUGGUGGAUGGGACAGAAAGCUGAGGAACAGAAGGUUGCAACAGUUAAAAGAAGUACAUUCACUAUAGACAUGACUCGAAAGCUCAGUGAGUAGAUUGAUGAUGAUAAUGGGAUGGGACUAGCCCUUUCAUCUUUUCAAGUGGGAAAAAUUAUUUAAAAGCCACACCACACCCUUUGUCAUGUGGGCUUUUCCAUACAAAGUGAAAAAAAGAAAAGAGAGAGAUCACAGAUUUGCUUGCUGAGAUGAAUUUUAUGAAAGAAGACAAAAGAAUAUAUAUAUAUAUAUAUAUAUAUAUAUAUAUAUAUAUAUAUAUAUAUAUAAAUAUAGGCUUAAAGUUAAGUUAUAUUAUAUUAUAUAAUACUAUAAUAUAGAGCUUGACUUUUCAUAUCAGUCAUUUCUAGGAUGUGUGACGUGAGAGGGAAAUGCAUGCUUUGGUUCCUCGGCUUUCUGUUUUUUAUUAUCCACCAACUCAUGUUCAUUGUUUUGAAUGAGAUGAGAUUACUUUAUUUGUUUCUUACACUA